AUGACUCUUAAAGGAUUGAACACAAAAGCCCUCAAAGCAGGAGAUCCCGAACCAACUGCUGCCCCAGCUGGGACUUUUCGCCUUUACAACAUGAGAUUUUGCCCAUGGGCUGAACGAGCGCUUCUCUAUGUGGCUAGGAAAGGGAUUGAUGUCGAAGUCGUGAAUAUCGAUCUUGCUGCGAAACCGGAAUGGUACUUUGAGAAGCACUAUCAAGGAAAAGUGCCCACCCUGGAGCACAAUGGAAAAUAUGUGAUCGAAUCGAGCUUGAUCCCUCAAUAUCUCGAUGACAUUCUUCCAGAGGACUCAGUGCUUCCCAAAGAUCCCUUUGAGAGAGUCAAGCAAAAGAUUCUCUCCGAGAAAACAUUAGCGAUCUCAAGCGCUUUCUACGGUUUAGUAGCAGCGUUCAAAGAUCCAUCAGUGAAAGAAGAGAAAUUGGGGAAUCUCAAAAAAGCAUUAAACGACACCGAGAAGCUAUUUGAGAACACCUAUUUUGGAGGAGCUGAGCCUUCAUUUGCUGACUAUUUGACUUUCCCAUUCGUGGAGCGAGUGUGGUGGGUGAGCCAUAUCGAAGGAUUCACCGGAUUCAACGUCAAGAAUUUCCCCUGCGAAAAGGAUUACCCACAUUUGACUAAAUGGUUUAACGCCAUGGUGUCCCGUCCUGAGAUUUCCAAAAAUAUUAUGCCAAUCGAGCACGCACUUGCCUUCUUGGAAAGCUACAAGAAAGGCGCCGCCAAUUAUGAUGCUGGACUU